AUGUUGGCUUCACUGUCUGGCCUGUGUUACAUAGAGUGUGCCUUACAGCUACCUGGAACGGGAGCGUCUUACCUGUACGCCUAUGCGACACUUGGAGAGAUGAUAGCGUUCUUAACUGGGUGGAGUAGUGUGGCAGCACGAAUCGUUGCGCUUGCUUCCAUAGGACAGGUAUGGAGCGCCUAUUUAGACGAUGCUUUAGGCGGCUCCAUUGGAAAUGCUACCGUCCAGUUUGUCCUUGGAGGUCAGGAAUGGAAUGCACCUCUUCUUGGUACCCAUCCCGAUUUUAUCGCUGGAUUGCUGAUCCUUGUGUCUGGUGGUAUUAUUUCUUUAGGUACCAAUGUAUUCUCCAAAGCUAACAAUUUAUUCAUGAUAACCACUUUACUGACUCUGAUGUUGGUUUUCAUUGUGGCCAUGAUUCAUGCAGAUUUCUCCCUCGUAACAGAGCAUGGGUUUGCACCAAGGGGAGUUGGAUUUGAUGAGAUUGUAGGAAGUGCAAUCAAUGCUUACGCAGGUUAUGCUGGGAUCGAAUCUAUCGCCCUAGCAGCUGAGGAAGCAAAAGACCAAUCCAAGGAUCUCUUGAUAGGACUUCUGUCUGCUCUUGGAAUCAGUAUCUUAGUCUACAUGACUGGAGUCCUCUCAGUCACUGUAUUAACAGAAUACAGUAACAUCGAUCUUAAAACCCCGUUUGAGGCAGCGUUUAAUGAUCUUGAUGGUCUACGUUGGAUGAAGUACAUCGUAGCAGUAGGUGCGUUAUGCAGCAUAACGGGAGGUGCUCUAAACAUGUCCUACGCUAUGACUCGUUUCAUAUAUCCCAUGUCAAGAGAUGGACUUCUUCCUUCUGUGCUCUCCAGGACCAACGAGAGAACUAAGACUCCCUUGCUAGCUAACCUUCUUGGCACAUGUAUUUCUGUUGUUUUUGCCGUAUUAAUUGACAUCAAGAUUUUAAUACAGACCGGCUCCAUGCUAUAUACACUUGAGACCGUCAUUAUAAUAUUUGCGGUGACUAUCUUGCGUUACAGACCCCUAACCGGAGUGGCGGGUACGUAG